UAUUGGGCCACAGAGAUAUCCAAAGAUAAAAAUUGACAGGCAUGGACAAAGACACAAGCAUAUGAAAAAGCUCCACUUUAUACUCAAUUACUCAUCAUCACCAUUCACUUCACCACAAGAUGCAAGCUUCACAACACACACAAUCAGUAGUAACAAUGAAACCACACCACUUACCUUUUCUGUUGAUAGUGUUGCUGUUCCCACUAUGUUUAGCAUCUGAGGAGGAGCAAAGCAUCAUCUUCACCACACUUGGCAGAGCUUUCUACUCCUUCGACAUCUACUCCCUCCCGAUUCACCACCACCAACCACCCUCCCCUCACGACGAGCUUCGACUCACCGACGGCCGCUCCGUCAAUUUCAACGGCCAAUUCCUCGCCAACAACACCGCCAUCCAACUCCCUACUGACCCACCUCCUCCCCUGCAACUCGUUUACGUCACCGAGAGAAGCGGCCUCCCCACCAUCUACUACGACGCCGUUUACACCACCGCGACCACCACCACAAGAAGAUCUGCCCUCGAAUCAUUCACCACAGAGAGAAUCCAACUCCCUCUGUUACCGAAUCAUCUCGGUGAAGCUCAAGUUUCCAUCAAAGACAAGCCUAGCGUGACCAGCGAUGGUGAGUAUUUGGUGUAUGUGUCGACCCAUGAAGACCCAGGUGUGUCCCGGGUCAGUUGGGCUGCGGUUUACUCCACCCACCUCAAAUCGGGUCUGACCCGACGGCUCACCCCUCACGGCGUCGCUGAUUUCAGCCCCGCCCUGUCCCCCUCCGGUGUGUGGACUGCGGUCGCCUCCUACGGAAGCGCUGGAUGGUCCGGCGAGGUGGAGGAUCUCACCACAGACAUCUACAUCUUCCUGACUCGCGACGGAACUAACCGGGUCAAGGUGGUCGAGCACGGUGGCUGGCCUUGCUGGGUCGACGAUCGCACGAUUUACUUUCACCGGAGAGGCGAUGACAAGUGGUGGAGCAUUUACAGAGCCACCCUCCCCGCCGAUUCCGCUGACUCGGUGGUCGUUGAACGAGUCACGCCACCGGGUCUCCACGCGUUCACUCCCGCGACCUCACCGGGAAACCACGAGUUCAUCGCCGUCGCUACGAGAAGGCCAGGUUCAAGUUUCCGCCACAUCGAGCUGUUCAACCUGGUUAACAAAGAGUUCAGGGAGCUUACUCGCUUCGUCUCACCCCGUUCCCACCAUCUCAACCCGUUCAUCUCACCCGAUUCGUCCCGGGUCGGAUACCACAAGUGCAGAGGAGAAUCCAGCAACAAAAGCCCCCAGUUCUUGCUCGAGAAUGUUCAGAGCCCUGUUCCCGGCCUAACCCUCUUCCGCUUCACCGGUUCAUUUCCCGUUUUCUCACCCUCCGGCGACCAAAUCGCUUACGUGGAGAUGCCGGGAGUUUACGUCGUGAACCGGGACGGUUCAAACCUGCGGAAGGUUUCCGACGCGAUGGCGUUCUCAACCGCGUGGGACCGUGUCCGACCUGGCGUCAUCUACACCGCCAUCGGAGAAACCUUUGCCCCGGAGAGCGCCGGGGUUGACAUCGUCUCCAUCGACGUUGACCGUAACACCAUCAAGAAGUUGACUGUCGAUGGAAUGAACAACGCGUUCCCGUCACCUUCACCGGACGGGAAAUGGAUCGUGUUCCGGUCGGGUCGGACGGGUCACAAGAAUCUCUACAUGAUGGAUGCAGUUGGUGGAGAGAUAAAGGGACUUAGAAGGUUGACGGAGGGUCCAUGGACGGACACCAUGUGCAAUUGGUCACCGGACGGAGAAUGGAUCGCUUUUGCUUCUGACCGCCAUGACCCGGGUAGUGGUAGCUUCGAGCUUUACCUGAUCCACCCGAAUGGAACCGGGUUGAGGAAGGUGAUUCAGAGCGGGUCGGGUGGGAGGACGAACCACCCGUAUUUCAGCCCUGACGGGAAGAAUUUGGUGUUCACGUCGGACUAUGCGGGCAUAUCAGCAGAGCCAAUCUCAAACCCGCACGCCUACCAGCCCUAUGGUGAAAUAUUCACCAUUGGGUUUGACGGUUCGGGUUUAAAGAGGUUGACCCAUAAUUCAUAUGAGGAUGGAACCCCAGCUUGGGCACCAAAGUAUAUGAAGCCUGUGAAUGUUGAGAGGCCUAAGGGUGGACUUUAUUGCUCUUUUGAAGAUUGUCAUUGGCUCAAUGACUUUCCCAAUAGGAUGGCUUUGGGUCUGCCUUCUUGCCCUUACUCUAUCCCUUUAUCAAAGCCUCAAUGUGGUGUGUGAUAUGCUCGUUUCUGCUCUAAUUUUUGUAUAUGCUAUCACUUUUGAGUUCUGAGCUGCAGACUACGGGCGCUUGGAUAUGAAAGAUACUUGAAAAAUAAGGGAUGUAAAAAUGUAGAUUGAGCAUGGUAUAUUGUGAUCUUAUCAUCUUGAUGGUACAUGUAUGUUGAGCAUGCAACUCUUGGGAUUUUGAUCUUGUCAUGCUAGUCAGUAAGCUAAACUUCAGUGGAUUAUGUAUGUAUCAUGUACUAAACAAGCAGUGCCAAACGACUACUUACAGGAAAAAAGUCUUAUUAAUUAAGCUCUUUUAAGCUUUUGUUGAUAAUCAUUACAUAUUAGCUUAUGAAUAA